GCCGAGUCAGCACUUUCCCACUGCCAGAAGAAGACGACGAAGACGAAGACGCACCCAUCCAUACCAAUCCUUCAGCAGCAUCAUGUCUCGCCUUGCUCGCCGCGUCGUGGUCACCCGCAAGAUCUACGAAGAAGGCCUUGCCAUGCUCCGUGAUCGCGUGGAGGAUGUUUUCGUGUACGACAAGGAUCAGGGCAUGCCGCGCGAGGAGCUCCUCGAUGCCGUCAAGGGCUGCCACGGCAUCCUGUGUAUGCUGUCGGACAAGAUCGACAAACAAGUGCUUGAUGCUGCCGGUGACAGCCUGCAGUGCGUGAGCACCCUCAGCGUCGGCUUUGACCACAUCGACAUGGCCGAGUGCAAGGCACGUGGCAUCAAGGUCGGAAACACCCCAGGCGUCCUCACCAACGCCACGGCUGAUCUGACGCUGUCCCUGCUGUUGGCCACUGCCCGCCUCAUCCCUCAAGCCGUCCACGAGGCAAAGACCGGCGGCUGGGGCACGUGGAAGCCCAUGUGGCUGUGCGGCACGGAGCUUGCAGGCAAAACAUGCGGCGUUAUCGGCAUGGGCCGCAUUGGUGAGCGCAACGGCCGCACAUGGCAUGAUUGA